AUGAUGCCAAAUCUUGAGGUCUGCCAGUCAAGCGAGGGUGUACCACUCAGCUUCGGUCGUAGCGCUGGACUACGAGCUAGAAAAGCUAUCACUGAACUUUCACGACAUGCCCCUGCAAUGCAUAUUUGGUUAUUGAUAUUCCUUGCAAUGACUACAUGCGGACGAAUACACCUUCUUGAUCGACGUUUGAAAAAAGCCGAAGGUGACCUCCAGUACAUGCGAGUACAUCUGAACUGCCAAACUUGCACCGGCGACUCGGCUUCCGUGGCGGAACUUCGAAUCCCUAACCUCGAUGUUCGAGGAGCAGUGGCAGUAGCAACAGGUCACGUUCGUGUGUACACAGAAAUAGAUGACAUUGAAACCAGCAUGAACAUUGUUGGUAAAGAAAUACAAACAAUCACGCAGGAAAAUGAAUUACGAACCGAGGACAACAAUCAGCUGGGUAGAAUUACAGAGGAUUGCUCUUCGUCGGGCAAUCUGGACAUGGAAACGAGCUACAUGGCACGUGAGGCAUUCAAGCAAUGCAUCAAGGAUCGGGAUGGGCAAAGAGACUUUGCUUUUCUAAAAACUGGAGGAUAUGUGAUUCAAUCCUUGACUUCACCCUCCUUUGUUCCCUCUACAACUUGGAGACGGCGUCUCUCUUGGUGGAUAGCAUUACGUGGAUCCAACUUACAGGCGAGUUUACCAGAAAUUGCACUGAAAGGUGAUGGUUCAGCCGGAAACUGUUGGCCUUUGGAAGGACCAGUCGGACAGCUAGGGAUAGGCCUCAGUCGAACCAUUGACAUCACGUCCUUGUCAAUUGAACACAUUGGAGCGCAAUUAGCGCAAAAUGACAUCACCGCGGCACCUAGAGAUUUCGAACUUUGGGGACUCGAUGACAAUCACAAUCAAUCAGCGGACGGGACUCUUUUGUUCAGAGGAGUAUACAGAAUCUCUAGCCCCAGCUCACCCUUACAGACUUUUGAAAUACCAAGAACACAUCCUUUGGUUUACAGUAAAGUACUUUUCAAAAUCACCUCAAACUAUGGGCACUCUGGAUUUACGUGCAUUUAUCGGGUGAGGAUACACGGGAGGCCAAUUGUUGGAAAGGAUAUAUAA